AUGCGGUUCUUGUCCCCCAAUCCGCCGCUCGACUCGCUGCGACUCACAUCGUCACUGCGCACGAACGCCAUGACUGGGAAGCAGAUUGCCGCCGCAUUGGAAACCGUCAUCCAUGCGAUGGGGUUCACCGGCGGCCGCCAACGGCAGCCAAGCUGCACGAAGCCUCGUGGGGUGGCCUGCGGCUGCGUGAACUGCGGCGGGCCACACGCCGCCAACUCGCGUAGCUGCGGCUACCUCCGCGAGUCACGUCGUCUACUCGCCGCACCACGCCCUGCGGCGACGUCAAGCACCUCGACGGCCGCCCCGCCCCACCGCUCCGGCGAGGCGUGCGAGCCGCGCCGCCUUGAGGCCGCCACCGAUGAAGCUCUGGUUGGCUUCCAAGCCGCCUUUGCGGCCGAAAGGGCCGCACUGAAGGAGCAGCUCGCAGCUGUGCAUCGCCAGCUCCAACGGCUGCGCGAUGAGCUGCGGGCUAUCAAGAAGAAGCCGCCAGUUCCCGCCGCCGCCCCCGCUGUGAGACGUCCGGUGUGGGUCGACGCGGCCACGCAAACAACUGCCGCUCCCCCUCCUGCAGCAAUGCAGGAGGUGGCGCCCACGGAAACAGAGGAUGUGCCGCCUGGGCUGCCCCCCUCCAAGGUGGCAGCCGCAAGCAAGGGCGCUAUGGCGCCUCCUGACUCCUCGCAAGCCGAGAAGCCAACGAAGAAGGAGGAGGCUGAGCAUACCAUUCCCCACAGUGAGGAACGUGCAGGUCGUCCUGAAGCACAUUGCCGCGGCACUCAAGGACGGGCCUCACCAGUGGCAGAAAAACCAGCAUUGACUGAAGCAAGACAAUCCCGAUCAGAUGUGGCAGGAACUACAGAUGCAGCACCAUCAUCUCAAUCAACAGCAGAACCAUCGUCAUCAGAGACAACAACAGAGCCGCUAUUGAAAGUGGUGGCAGCAUCAGCAUCACCAGAAUCAGGACUAUCAUCAUCACAUGAACAAGCAACAAGGAAAGAAGCAACAACAGAAGAACUAACAUCAACAGAAGAAACUACUGCAGAAGAAUCAAUAUGA